AUGGCUCGGCUCGGGGUGGAGUUGCUGUUGCUGCUAGUCCUGACUGAGUAUCUUCUGCUGGUUGGGGCCCGAGGAUGGGUGUGGGACGACAAAACGGCACUUUUCAAAGGCCCCAGACCCUUGUCAGAUGACGAGGAAGAUGAUGGUUUUGGCACCAGUGACGACAACGACUAUUACACAGACUACACCGACCCCUCCAUCCAAGUCGAAACACUAGAAUCUCAUCUAGAAAAGCUGGAUGGCAUAACAGAUGAUGGGCUCCAGGAAGAAGCCUCUCCAACAGGCCAGACAAGCCCAAUCAAUCAGAGUCAUAGUGGACUCCAAGUAGCGUGUGAGGAUUCUGGCUUCCGUAUCCAUUUACGAGCUGGCCGACUAAGUGAUGUGAAAGUGUUGGGUAUGUGGUUGUUGCACACAAAUGUUUGUACGGCCGUGCACUCACAAGGGACAAUCCUGUCGAAAUUAAAGUCAGAUUUACCGUAUAGAGUAGUUGGUGUACAGCUUACAGUAGAUAGCAGCAUAGAUUUACUAUCCUAUGAAAGGGACUCAACACCGAGCCAUUUUGUACGUGUGCAAUCCACUAUUUCCUGGCUUUCCUUAGGUUCUAAAGACCUGCGACCCGCCAAUCCUGCUCAAAAGGCCUGUGGUCUCAAUGUGACCCGCCUCCAGAACACCUUGACUGUGCCCUACACAGGAUGCAAUGUAGAGAACACCAACAACUACAGCCUGCAACUAAUGUACGUCGACGAACUCGGUCAGGCCCAAGUCGCCACGGUCACGUGUGAUCCGAGUCCAUCAUCGAACCCCGAUUUGAUACCUCGUUCUGGUGUCAAGCCCACUAGUGCAUCAAAAUGCAGAACACCACCGCCAAUGACGGUACCAAAGGCACAAAAUUGUGCCUUGGCCUCUGAGGAGCAGCUGACGUGUGGACAAGCAGGAAUAUCAUCCUCUGCCUGUGAGACCAUGGGAUGCUGUGUGGAUUCCACUACAUCGAAGUGCUUCUAUCCGAUGGAUGAGUGCACGCUGGAUAAACACUUUGUCUUCAUCAUCUACUCCGAGUACGCGUCCAUGUCUGUGGACCCCACCCAGCUGGUGAUACCGGGAACGAGCUGCAAGCCGGUCAUUGUGAACGCCAAGUUUGCCAUUUUUAAGUUCAAAGUGACGGAAUGUGGGACGCACACUUAUGACAUUGGUGUGACGAGGUUCUACCUGGUUGAAGUGCAGACACUCAUCAAAGCACUCAACCUCAAAUAUGGCAUCAUCACAAGAACUGAUCCGUUGAGAUACUUGAUCGAGUGUCGCUACAGUAUUUCCAGUAACGCUCAGCAGCCUCUGGCCAGUGUUGGCUACAUGGUGAAGAUCCCUAAUCGCAACCUGCCACCGUCCAUCCAUUCUGGUGGUUUAUAUGGAGUUCAGUUGAGGAUUGCCACUGAUGAGAGCUAUUCCGCUUUCCUGCCUUCUUUCCCGACCUUGCGCUACAUCCUCAACAAGCCCGUCUAUUUCGAACUGAGCCUGUGGUCUCCCAAACCCAACGCUGUUGUCCUAGUUAAAUACUGUCUGGCGUAUCCUCGCUCUGCAAAGAACGCUCUGGUGCUUGUUUACGAAGGGUGUGCCAACCCUUAUGACCCAAAUGUGUCCAUCCUGGAAGUGAACGACUCGCCCCGAAAUCGCCAUCGGAGGCGUUUUGUGGCCAGGACUUUCCAGUUUAUGGAUACCAAAACUAAGAAGUACUUAGAUGAGGAAAUCCUUUUCAUGUGCUCCUCCGAGGUUUGUAGGCCAGACGAGACCACUUGUGAAGAGCGGUGCUUUGAUGGAAAAGUACCAUGA